CUGACAAUUUCUCAUGAACCAUCCUGCCCAAUGAAAAUUUUCUGAGUAAACUGCUUCUGAAACUCCCAACUUUCAUUCUCCAUCAUCUUUUGGCCCAAAUUUUAGCUACACUUUUUCUAUCCCAAACAUUUCGCUUUCUUACUCCAGAUUUCGAAGGGUAAAUUGAAGAGGUAGGUUCUGCCAAGCCAAAGCACAAAAUCCUAUAAAUAUGAAUGGUUAUAUUGUUGGUGCGAUUGUCCCCAUUGUUCUUGUGCUCCUUCGAAAUUCAAAGAGGGUGAAGAAGCGAGGAGUGCUGGUUGAUGUUGGUGGGGAACCUGGGUACGCAAUCCGAAACAUUCGGUUUCCAUUCCCUCUAGAAACAGCAUGGGAAGGUUUAUCUACACUUGCAGAACUUUUUGAGCAGUCAUGUAAGCAGAACAGCAAUAAAAGCUUGCUUGGCACUAGGAAACUGAUUUCGAGUGAGGUUGAAGUAACUGAAGAUGGAAGAUCCUUUGAGAAGCUUCAUUAUGGAGAAUAUGUAUGGUUGACAUAUGCUGAAACAUUUGCAGCUGUGUGCUAUUUUGCUUCUGGUUUAGUUCAACUUGGUCAUAAAAGGGGAGAACGCGUGGCAAUCUUUGCUGAUACAAGAGAAGAAUGGUUCAUUGCAUUGCAGGCCUGCUUUAGGCGCAAUGUCACUGUGGUGACAAUAUAUGCAUCUUUGGGGGAGGAGGCUUUAUGUCACUCAUUAAAUGAGACUGAAGUUACAACACUGAUUUGCGGGGCCAAAGAAUUAAAAAAGCUUGUCAACAUUAGUGGCCAACUCGACAAGAUAAAACAUGUGAUCUGUAUGGAUGAUGAGAUUCCAACUGCUGUAAGUGGUAGAUGGGCAGUCACUUCUUUUGCUGAUGUCCAGAGAACCGGCUAUGAAAAUCCUGUUGAUGCUGAUUUACCUAUUGCAGCUGAUGUUGCAGUUAUAAUGUAUACUAGUGGAAGUACUGGAUUGCCUAAGGGUGUUAUGCUGACACAUGGCAAUAUACUAGCUACCGUUGCUGCAGUCAAGACAAUUAUUCCUGGAAUUGGAAGCAAAGAUGUCUAUCUUGCGUAUCUACCCCUUGCUCAUAUUCUUGAAUUAGCGGCUGAGCAUUUAAUUGUUGCUGUAGGAGGUAUCCUAGGAUAUGGAUCCCCUUUGACUCUUACUGAUACAUCUAGCAAGAAAAAACCAGGAACAAAGGGGGAUGCCUCCGUGUUAGCUCCAACCCUGAUGGCAGCUGUUCCAGCAAUUCUUGAUCGUGUUCGAGAUGGAGUACGAAAGAAGGUAGAUGCAAAAGGUGGACUAUCCAAGAAAUUGUUUGACUUGGCGUAUUCUCGUAGAUUAUCUGCAAUAAAUGGUAGUUGGUUUGGUGCCUGGGGCCUUGAAAAGUAUCUGUGGGACUUACUCGUCUUUAAGAAGGUCCGAGCAAUUCUAGGUGGUCGCCUUCGAUUUUUGCUUUCUGGAGGUGCUCCUCUAUCACCAGAUACUCAGAGAUUUAUCAACAUCUGCUUUGGUACUCCAAUUGGCCAAGGGUAUGGUCUAACUGAGACUUGUGCUGGUGGCACCUUCUCUGAGGUUGAUGAUACAUCUGUUGGUCGCGUUGGUGCUCCACUUCCUUGCUCCUUUAUUAAGUUAGUAGACUGGCCUAAAGGUGGAUAUUUAACUAGUAAUUCACCAAUGCCUCGUGGAGAAAUACUGAUCGGUGGUCCGAAUGUGACGCUUGGAUACUUCAAAAAUGAAGAAAAAACAAAAGAAUCAUAUAGGGUUGAUGAGAGAGGAGUUAGGUGGUUCUGUACAGGUGACAUAGGACAGUUUCAUUCCGAUGGUUGCCUUGAGAUAAUUGACCGUAAAAAAGACAUUGUCAAACUUCAGCAUGGAGAAUAUGUCUCUUUAGGAAAGGUUGAGACUGCUCUCAGUAUCUGUCCCUAUGUCGACAAUAUUAUGUUGCAUGCUGAUCCAUUUCACAGUUUUUGUGUGGCUCUCGUGGUGGCUUCCCAACAAAUGGUGGAAGAUUGGGCUUCAAAGCAAGGCAUUACAUUUACUGAUUUUGCAGACUUGUGUGAGAAAGAAGAAACUAUCAAGGAAGUACAUUCCUCUCUUGCUCAGACAGCCAAGAAGUCACGAUUGGAGAAGUUUGAGAUUCCUGCAAAAAUCAAAUUGAUUUCUAGUCCAUGGACUCCAGAAUCAGGGCUUGUGACUGCAGCUCUCAAGAUCAAGAGAGAGGCCAUUAGAAGAGCUUUUUCUGAAGACCUGGCCAAGCUAUAUGCAUCAUAGUUUCUAGAUGCUUUGACUGCUCAUUUAGCAACAAUCUUGAAGAAAGUAAGACUAGUGUAAGAUGAUAUGAUCAAAACCCAUAUUCAUCUUCUUUGUUCUAGUUCUUACCAUUGCAGUUCAUGUUUUGUUCUAAAUAAACUACAGGAAAACUAAGGUUUUUGCCUGUCUUCAAGCAGGAUUGUUAGAUUCAAAUCACUUUUCUUUGGGUUCCACAUGUGUGUGUGUGUAUCUUUUCUGCUCUAAAUAAUGUGUCCUUGUUUAUACACCUGCAAAUCAUAUCAGUGUUGUGUUCUUGUAUA